UAAUGGUCUGAAAAAAACUCCCUUCAGAUCACAGGUCUUUCCAGCACUGCGAGAACGGGUAGUCAGAGCUCUAUAAAUUAAGCUGCCAGAGUCAGAGGCGGUAACGUCUAAAGGAAGGAACACAACACACUUGUUGUAGACGAUUCCGUAGCGCAUGCCUUUGGAGACACUCGCACCUUCUUUAGGUUACUCGAGUUCAGUUUUGUUAAAAGUAACAAAGUACUACCGGUGUAAAGAGGUAUUGAAUCAAAUAACAUAGUUUUGCCAGUAUUCGGAAUAAACUGAGAAACAUGCUUGAGCUCCGUAUAUUGACGAGGUUAUCAAUUGUAGGAAAUAUUGACUUCAAGUGCUGCAGUAGCCUACUUUAGUCUGCUAUUAGUUUUAACCCGAUAAUUACCUAAAAACCUAAUCUUGAACUCUGCUCUGCCAAGGACAUCACGAUUGGAGGAUAUCGUUACUGAACUUGUGUUUCUGUGUUCGAAAGUUGUUCUGAGAAUUUAGGCUACUGUACAAGUAGUAACAUGGAUUUUAAGUGUUUGGGCUGUAUGGUUCUGUUCCCCAUCCACAUUCUAUACUACAUAUUGAAAGCAAGCGUGUGCUUACUGCAACCAAGUAGACGGAGAACCCUGACCAAGGAGGUGGUGCUGAUCACAGGCGGGGGGCGAGGUAUUGGUCGUCACCUGGCUCAAGAGUUUGCCAAGCAGGGUGCUAAAAAGGUGAUCCUGUGGGGCCGCACAGAGAAGUGUCUGAAAGAGACAUGCGAAGACAUCUCCCAAUCAGGAACAGAGUGCCACUACUUCCUGUGCGACGUGGCCAAUCGGGAAGAGGUUUACAAGCAGGCCAAGGUGGUCAGAGAGAAGGUGGGAGAUGUUACGAUCCUGGUGAAUAACGCUGCAGUGGUCCAUGGGAAAAGUCUGAUGGACUGCGACGAUGACGCUCUUUUGAAAUCUCAACACAUCAACACAAUGGGGCAGUUUUGGACUACAAAGGCCUUCCUGCCACGGAUGCUGGAGCUCCAGCAUGGCCACGUAGUCUGUAUAAACUCCAUCCUCUCCCAGUCGCCCAUCCCUGGGGCCAUAGAUUACUGCACCUCCAAGGCCUCCUCCCUGGCCUUCAUGGAGAGCCUGACUCUGGGCCUGCUGGACUGUCCCGGGGUGGGUUGCACCACCGUGCUCCCCUUCCACACCAACACUGAGAUGUUCCAGGGUAUGAGAGUCAGGUUUCCAGCGCUCUUCCCUCCCCUCAAGCCAGAGACAGUUGCUGAAAGGACUGUGGAUGCAGUCAGGAUGAACACAGCCUAUCUUUACAUGCCCUGGACCAUGCAUGCUCUCGUUGUCCUCAAAAGCUUUAUGCCACAGGCUGCACUUGAAGAGAUCCACAAGUUUUCUGGAACCUAUACCUGCAUGAACACAUUCAAGGGGAGGACAUAAACACAAAUGAUCCUGAAUGUCAAUACAUAUCAGAGGAACCUCAUUAACUCCAGAGGAUGUUGAAGGGAAGUAUACAUGGGCUACAGGACAUUGGGAAACAAUGAAAGCCUUUUGAAAGUAUGCAGCAAAGUGUCAUGGCGACUUCAGCAUGUAUCGUUGCUUCGGCAGGUAAAUUUAGCUUACAAGCUGCUGGAACUUAUCCUGGUCACAUUCUUGAUCUCCUGUGUGUAGUUGGACGGACUUAAUACCAUUCAUACAUUGAACAUAAGCCAUGCAAAACUUGCCUGGAUCAACAGCCUUUUUUCCACAAGUCAUUUUUUUUUAUUAUCCUUUCUUUAUCCUACCAAUAAUGUGUCUUGGAAUGGAAUCACAUUAAUAAAAUACUUUUUCAGAGAACCAUGGUGUCUCUUUGUGCAUGUAGACUGGAAAAUGUCUACUGAGUGGUCAACACAGCAGAGUUAACCAGAUGAUUCUCACAUGGUAGAGAAUGAUAACACAGUUACGCAAACCAUGAGAUCUUUGACCAUGCCAGGAUGUGUUGUCAAAACAGCAAAUGAGCAACAUUCAUUGGAAGGCAAGACAGAUCCAUACACUGCUCACUUAUACACUAUGAAGAAGAUUAGGGUCGGGAUUAAAUACAAAACAACGUUAAAUGACAUUUUGACAUUUAAAGGCAAUUUCCAAGCCGACAUCUGUAGCGUUGACCAUAAAUGCGCUAACAUUGCCUUUAAAAGUAGCAUUUAUCAACUAGAGUGCUCGGAUUGAAUCCCGGCCACAAGUUGUUGCAUGCUGGAAAAUAGUUAACCAUUAAACCAUUCAUGUUUUAUUGAAUAAUUGAAAACAUGGUUUAAAAAGGCCUUGCGAGAUGUAUCCCUGAUAUCAUCAAAGAGAACCUUGUAAAUUACAAUAUGUGUGGUGUCGGGGGAAACGUGAUUUAGAAGGACAAGCUUUCAUCUUCCGAAGUGGGGGUAUUUAAUGAUUAAUAAAUAGGCCUUGGUUAUCUUUAUGACAUUGCCAUGCUGUACUAUAUCAUCAGGGGAAUAAUAUACAGUUAUCUUUGCCCUCCUUGCUGUGUGAGAGAGACCCUUCCUCUAGUUAACCUCUUUGGGCUGCAGGGGCAGUAUUGAGUAGCCCGGAUAAAAGGUGCCCAUUUCAAACGGCCUCGUACUCAAUUCUUGC